UCACAUAUUGAUCCUUUUUUAUUGAUUAUUAUUUGUGUUUUUGUCUUUGUAGAUAUGAGUUUCGACAAGAGAAAUUAAAAUUGUAUAUUUUGAUUCAUUAAACUGCACUUGCGAGAGCGCUUCUGUAACUAUAUACGUGUUGUUAUUUAUUUUAUAAAUCAUUUAUGUUCGUUUGAGUGGAAACGAAUAAGAACAUAAUUAUGGUUUAUCGUACGCAUGUUCUCGAGUGCUUUCGAGGUUGACCAAGGGAAAUUUCGGAAAUGAACAACACGACUAGAGAUAUCGCAGAUGAAGCAUUUCUUUCUGAAAUCAAACUUAAUAUACGAGUUAUCAAUAUUUGUACCAUUGUCACUUUUAUAGAGGCUGAACUGAAGAUCGGUUCCUUCCAACUGAUAGGUGGCGCUGUUUUUACCUCUCCGUCAGUGGCGACAUCUGGCGUGAUCACGUCAAUAGCUGAUGUUAGUGUGGUGACUUGCUGCCUGAAAUGUACAGGGAUCAGUCAUUGUACUGGGGUAUUUUAUGACGGUACCUCAGCAGUGUGCCAGCCUUAUCACUUUGAUAAUUAUACAUCGCUAAAUAUAGAAGGCAAAGAAAAUUUCGUUCAUAUCGUACCAGAAUGUGAAAAGCGUGGCCAUGUCUUCAACCACCAACACAGACUAUGUUUUGAUUUAUUUACAACCACGUUACAAUGGAAUCAAUCUCGGGAGGCCUGUCAGGAUAUUGGUGGACAGCUAGUUACUUUAGACUCAGUCUCUAAAAUAAACUUCAUGUCGGAUUACAUCAGUUAUAUAUACCCUGACUUUAAGUACUGGCAUACUGGUGCAUCAGACGCUGAAAUGGAAGGAGAGUGGAGGUGGCCCAAUGGUUCCCCCGCACUGGACAUUAGAACGACCACAAAUGAGACGGAACAGGAAGUGAAGGACUGUAGCUCCCUCAACCGGAAGACGUUAAAGAUACAGGAAGUGUGGUGCAAUGUAACAAGAAGACGCAUUUGUGAAUGGCCAAACUUAAUAUGAUUAUCUUAAUUAACUCUACCCAAUUGUAUGCAGACGGACAAUGGAUAUAUCUUUAAUUUACCACUCUUAUAAAUGCAAGUCUCACUCAAGAAGCGAGUUGCAACUGCAAAGUUUAUAUUGUGUACACGUGUAGAUGUGUGUGACGUCUUGUACUUCUAAUAAAAGCACAUUAACCCAUA